AUGCAUUUUAUUAAAUAUUUUCUUGUCUUUGCCUUAUUUGCAAUCCAACUUAGUGUUCAAAAGCCAAAUUAUGCAGAUGUAAUAACAUAUGAAGCAUAUGGUAGUCCAGGAGGUCAUGGGUAUAAAGAUGAAACAACAUUUAACUUAUUAGGUAGUGAUGGAACUCGUGGGUCUGCAGGAGAAACAACAUAUGAGUAUGUAGCUGGUCCAGCACCAACAUUUGACAAAUCAAGUAAAGGAAUAAAAACAAAGUUAAUUAAAUAUAUUUUUCCAGAAAACUGCUCAAAUGUCCUAGAUUGUGCUCUAAAAAGUGGGGUAGCAGAUGCUGGUAAAGAAUUUCUUGAAAACAAUCUUGGAGAUUCUUAUGAAGUAAAAAGAAAGAAAGUGGAAAUAGUUUAUUUAAUAGUUUAUUUGGUAGCAAAAAAUGUAGUUCUGACUCGAAAUAAAGCAGCGAUGAAAAACCUAAAAACAAUAGAAAAAGUAAAAGUAGAUUUAACUCAGAUGAAAAUGAAACAUUACCAAAGAAAAAAUCAUCUUGUGGUUACUUUGCCGUAA